UGCCUGGCCGUAGACGGCCCUCUCGCUUCUCCUGGAGAUGACUGAGGGCCGAGGGGAGUUUUACGGAAAGCAGAAACGAGUCCUGGAUUUGGUGCGCCUCUUCCUAAGUCCUCGUGCGCCUGCAUAGCGGCGGGCUUGGGAACUGCAUUUCCCAUAAACCUUGCUGCAGCUGGCACCGCCUCAUUACUGGCGAAGUCAGAGGCGCUGCGGCUCUUCCGGGGCAUGAUAGUGGAAGGACUGCCUAGCGCCGGGGUCCUUCCAGCCAGCUGGCCGGAGUGCGCCAUGGGUUCCGGGUGCCGGAUAGGUCCGUCCAUCCUCAACAGCGACUUGGCGGCGCUGGGUAGCGAAUGCACCCGCAUGAUGGACUGCGGAGCAGACUACCUGCACCUGGAUGUAAUGGACGGGCAUUUUGUCCCAAACAUCACUUUUGGCCAUCCUGUUGUAGAGAGCCUUCGGAAGCAGCUGGGUCAGCAGCCCUUCUUUGAUAUGCAUAUGAUGGUUGCUAAACCAGAACAGUGGGUGAAACCAAUGGCGGUGGCAGGUGCAAAUCAGUAUACAUUUCACAUAGAAGCUACAGACAAUCCAGGGGCACUCAUUAAGGAUAUAAGAGAAAAUGGAAUGAAGGUUGGUUUGGCUAUCAAGCCGGGAACCACAGUAGAAUAUUUAGCGCCAUGGGCCAAUCAAAUAGAUAUGGCCUUAGUUAUGACAGUAGAACCUGGAUUUGGAGGACAGAAAUUCAUGGAAGAUAUGAUGCCAAAGAUUCAGUGGCUGAGAACACAGUUUCCUUCUUUGGAUAUUGAAGUGGAUGGUGGUGUAGGUCCUGACACCAUUCAUAAAUGUGCUGAGGCAGGGGCAAAUAUGAUUGUGUCUGGAAGUGCUAUAAUGAAGAGCGAUGACCCCAGAGCUGUGAUUAAUCUGCUAAGGAACGUGUGUUGUGAAGCUGCUCAGAAGCGCUCUCUUGACCGAUGAAAUCAGAUUAUUACCAAAAAGGUUAUUAUUCAUGUAUAUGUAUAGAUGGGAUAAUCAUUGUAAAAUCAGCAAGACUGCAGUACUGAAGAGCCAUUCCUUCAUUUGUGGAAGCAAGCAGCAACACACAGACUGCCCUGCAGCCUGGAGUUAUAUUGAUCUAACUUGACUUGACUUUUCUAAUACAAAUUACGGAAGUUUUUGCUUGAGGAUUCUUUUGGUUGCCAUUUGCCAUGGAACACAAAUGUAUUUUGUUCUACAAUAAAUGCAAAUGUGUAUGUUCCUAAACAUUUUAAAUGCCUGAAAAUAAACACUUGACAUGGAAAA